UGCAGAGAGAGAAAGAGAGCUGCGGAACCAGAGCUCGAGGUGCAUGUGCCUGUCUGGCAACAAUUCCAUUAUCUCCUAAUAAUCAAGCCAUAUCAUCAAUUCGCUCCUUAUCAUCCAGAUCAUUUAUUCUAGUCCCCCUUGAUACAUCGCUUUUGCUGGUUUGGAGAGAACUGGAUAAGGACUAGAAUAGAAGUGAUAAUCGGUUGAAAGAUACCUAAAGCUCAUCUCCUUCCCCCACGGAAACUACCUACACAACUGCAAAACGGAACACAUCGCAUAAUCACAGCGUGAGCAUUACAUUCUUGGUGAUGAUGAGGGACAAGAAGACAGGACGAGUGAAACUUCCUUUUUGCACCUUCCAGAAGAGGUAAUACUUUCCCAGGUUGACGUGACCUUUCAAUUCCAUCACAGAGACAAAAAUAGUUCUCGUGUAACCAACAAAAAGAGGAGAACAAAGAAUUGUUUAUAGAAAGUGAACAGAAAUUCAAGUAGGCUGAAAUGUGCACAAUGGGAAACGCCAAAAAGUGACACAUUCUUCAGUCUUAAUCAGCGUUGAAGUGAGAAAAAGCGAACAGUUUGUCAGCUCCGAGUGGAUGGAUAUGUUGGUUGGGAGUGAAGUGAUGAAAUAUUGGCCAUAGAGAAAUCUCUGCAGGAAAUCUCGGGAUUAUCAGUUUUAAUGGGAUGAGGGCUGAAGGAUCUUUGUUGGAUGGAGGAGAACGAUGAGACAUUAUGUCAAGUGAAGUAAAAGAAGAAAAAAACUCUUAACGUUUAGUAAAUUGGAUGCCCGGCAAGUUUACUUAACCGACGAGAGGAAAAUCCAUGCAUCACCAGCCAAAGCAACCCUAUCCAUUUUUUAUCUACAAGUUAAUCACAUGAAUAUAUGAGCACUGCAAAGUUGAUUCAUGACAUGGAAGCUUGACACGUGAUUUAAUAUCAGAUCAGUGGUAUUCGUAAGAGCUUCAUACGUCUCAGCGGGAUCAAAAUUACUGGAGAAAGUUACAUCAUGAAGGCACACGCAAUUUGGAUUUGGAGUGUGCCAGCCCUUCUCCUAACAUGUCACUGUGCAGGAUCAUUAUCAUUGAAUCUUGAGGGCCCUGAAUUGAGACAACAUCCACCACCGGUAACAUACUUUUCUAAUAGUGUUGGAGUCACUUUGAAAUGCACGGGAGCUGGUCAUCCCCCUCUCAGCACGAAAUGGUUAACAGCGGAUGGAAAUCAUCUCACAGAAAUCCCAGGAAUAAGAGAAAUUACAAAGAACAACUCCCUGCAUUUUCUGCCGUUUCGGAGGGAAGAUUUCCUCUCCUCGAUUCACCACGAUUCGAGGUACAGGUGUUCCGUGACGAAUCCCAUCGGGACGACGCUUAGCCCCAUCUUCGCCAUUCGUACAAUUAUCGACGAGCCAUUUAAAUUUGAAAUCUCCAGUGCUGUCGACAGUGGCGAGAUAAUCGAAGGGAACCCUGCUGUGCUUAAUUGUGAUGUCAAACCGUCUGUCUAUAAGGACUUUGUGAAAAUUAUUCAUUGGAAAUCUGUCGACCAAUAUGGGCACGAGACUGAAAUCGAGUCUGAUGAAAAGUAUCAAAUCAGCUCGGUGGGGUUACUCCUAAUCGUUGUAGGUGCCAAGCACCAACAACUAUUUAUAUGUGCAGGUCUCAACCUACUCAACAAUAAGAUUCAAUCCAGUGCUCCAUUUAUGCUCAGAACGCUCCAAUCCAGAGCUGGCGUACCAAAUAUACCACCGACGAGUGUGGGGAAGUGGCAGGAAGUGAUUUUCACUGAGAUUGGCAAGAACCUCGACUUGCUUUCACUCUCAAUGGGAAAUCCUUUGCCAAAUUUUAGAUGGGAGAAGCGAGUCUCAGGAAAUAAGUUUGUACCUGUGGUCUCUGUCCACCCAAAAGCGAGGAUUGUGGGUCCAAUGCUCAGUUUUGAUGGAGGAGUGACCGCAGCUACCAAUGGAACAUAUCGUGUAGAAGUAAUGAAUAGUUUCGGUGGAUUCUCUCUUUGGGUGGACCUCAUCGUCUCUUCUCCUCCACCCCGCGUGGAACUGCUGCCACAAAAAAGAACUGCAGUGACUGGUCAAAAUGUCGAUCUGAACUGUCGAGGUGAAACUCCAGACGUUGCCAACCAUGCGGAAAUUACAUGGUUUCACAAUGGCAAAAGUCUUGGACUUGGUGGCGAUGAUGAAAGUGGUGGCGCUGGGGCGAGAAUGAGAAUUAGUUCAACGCGACUCUCCAUUUUAAACAUGCGAUACGAAGACCAGGGAGUAUUUCAGUGCUUUCUCCAGAUCGGAAUGCACCACGUUGGAGCCAGCAGCAAUCUGUUGUUUCCCGCAUCUGAACCUGAGCUUCUACACACAUUCAUCUCCCAAACUUUGCAACCGGGCCCAAUGGUUUCUCUAAAAUGUUCUGCCUUUGGUAAUCCACGACCUACAAUCACUUUCUACAAUGAUGGAGAUCUGGUGCUUUCUCCCACCGCUGAAGACGACCAAGGGCCGUGGAGAAAGUCCUCCAAUCACCCUUACGCAUCAGGAAGCUAUGUUCACAUGAAUGAAAUCGUUAGUCAUGUAAACAUAUCCAGCAUCCGUGUCGAAGACUCUGGGGAGUGGAAAUGCGUUGCCUCUAAUCUUUUGUCUUCGGCAGCCCAUUCAGCAAGGCUCAACGUCUACGGGAGGCCAUUCGUGAAGGAGAUGGAGCCCAUGACUUUAUCAGCUGGAAGCGUGGCGAUUAUUCCUUGCAAAUACGGGGGAUAUCCGAUUGAUAAAAUCGUUUGGCGAAAAAACGGGUCUGAAAUUGACACGAUAAGUCGAUUUCGUACUUUGGCGAAUGGAAGUCUGGAAAUCGAAAACAUCAAACCGGGAGCGGAACAAUACUCUUGCUCAGUUUCCAACAGGAAUGGGGAAUCGGCUUCUGCAUCAGUUUCAGUAAAUAUUUUACGUCCUCCGGUGAUUUCGUCAUUUAAUUUUGAUGACAAUCUUCAGGAGGGUCAACGAACUUCCAUAUCAUGUAAUGUGAUGUCAGGAGAUCUGCCAAUUGACAUCAGUUGGCUUAAGGACUCCCAGCCAAUUCCACCUACUCUCAACGUAACCCCGAUGCGAGUCAAAUUUCUCAGCAAUCUCAUCUUCGAGGAACUGAGGGGGUCACACAGUGGGAUUUACACCUGCUCAGCCUCCAACGCCGCCGCAACUGUGAACUUUUCGGCACAUCUUGUUGUGAAAGUACCACCUUCCUGGUCUCAAGAACCCAUGGACUCGAGGGCGUUGCUAAAAUCCGAUCUCAUGCUCCCCUGUCUCGCAAUUGGCAUGCCUCGACCAAACGUACAGUGGUUUCGAGAAUUUCCCAUGACGAGAACCGCAAUUAGACCGGACCAUAAAUUCCAAAUAUCCGAGAACGGGAGUCUUCUCAUAUUGGGUAUUGAGACGAGCAGCAAUUUAACAUGCGAGGCGACCAACGGAGUUGGGAUCGGAAUUUCUAAAUCGAUUCACGUCACCGUCAUAGUUCCUGCUCAGAUUUCUGCCCCAAUGACAUCGGUGGUGGUGGCUGAAGGGCUGCCAGUCCUUCUCCGUUGUCGGGUUCAUGGUGAUGGGCCGGUUCAAGUCGUUUGGAGAAAAAACGCCAUCGGACUGGAACAAAGUCCACGAGUCCUUCAAACGGUUCUUGACACCAGCUCGCCGCUCGAGUUUUCUGCUGAAUUAAGAAUAAAUUUCAGUGAAAAAAGUGAUUCAGCCCAAUAUCACUGCAUAGGAUUUAAUCAGUAUGGACGAGACGAAGACACAAUCUCGCUCCUCGUGAAGGCACGGCCACGUCCACCAAAAGAACCGAUUGUGACGGAAAUUGGAUCUCGAGUCAUCCAACUCCAGCUUAACUGGUCUUUGAACAGUGAGAAUGACCCUGUCACCCAUUUUGUACUCCAGUACAAAAAAUCAAGUGAGAUAUCUUGGGACACCGAUCAAGUUAGCAACAUCACUAUUCACUCACCUACGACCACAGCCGUUCUUCGAUCUCUAAACCCAGUGACCAACUAUGAGAUCCGAAUUUUGGCCAUGAAUGAAAUUGGACAAAGUCUCCCGACUCAACCGAUUUCUGUCCUCACUCUUCCUGAAGCCCCUUCAGGACCGCCGUUGAAUGUUACUGCUAUUCACACCAGUUCUAGGACAAUUCUAGUUCAAUGGGAACAACCGCACCCGAAUCUUAUAAACGGUGUCAUUCUAGGCUACCAUGUCCUCGUCUCUCCUGUGCCAAUCACUUCAACGCUCUCCAAUAGUAGUAGCAAACUUAUCGAUGAAAAAUGGGGCUACCAGACUGAAGUAAAUGAGCUGAGACCAAACUCAAGAUAUCGCAUUUCAAUAAGAGCUUACAAUAGUGCAGGCGUCGGUCCGGAGUCGCCCUUUAUAUCCGUCACGACUCCUGAAGGAGCACCAGAAUCUCCUCCGGUUAAUGUGAUGUGUGAACCACUUUCUCCAAAAAGCUUCCAGGUUAUGUGGGAACCCCCACCACCUCAUUUGGCCAAUGGAAUUAUUCAAGGAUACAAGGUGAUUUAUUCACCAGCGGAAUACGAAUUACAAGGAGAGAAACCAGAGAUUAAGAAAACGGGGAACCGGGAGACAACUCUGCACGGUCUUCUCAGCUACACGAAUUACUCGGUGCGGACGCUGGCGUAUACUGGAGGUGGUGAAAGCUUGCCAUCACAUCCCGUUUUUUGCACAACAGACGAAGACCUUCCAGAAGAGCCUUCCCUCGUCAAAGUUUUAUCAAGUGGCCCAAAUUCCAUAAGCGUGAGUUGGUUGCCUCCUCGCUUCCCAAAUGGAAUCAUCACCAAGUACAAAAUCGCUUGGAAGUCUGAAGAUUUGGAAACGGAGAAGGAAAGAUAUUACAUGGCUUCUGGAAAUGAAGAUCAAAUGCUCAUGGAGGUGCGAAGGUUGCGAGAUAAUAAGCGGUACACGUUUUCAGUUACGGCUGCAACAAGUUUGGGACAGGGAAAGCCCAGUGAAAGCGUGGAUGUCGUUGUGAUGGCGAAAGCUCCAGCAAAAAUUGCUUCAUUUCCUGUAACUCGUCGUCCCAAGCUGGGCCAAUCGACUACUUUGCCAUGUCUUAGUGUUGGGUUUCCCAAUCCUGAAGUUACGUGGUUAAAAUCUUCUGGUUCUUCGCCCUACACAACAACGAAGCAUGUUAUGAGAAACGGAACGCUGUUUAUUCCACGUGUUAAGGAUCAGGACGAAGGCACAUAUUUUUGCACAGCUCACAACACCAUUGGCUCAGAUGAAAUUCAACAUACCAUAUCCAUCAGCAGACCACCGUCUUCAGUUUCACUUGUUCUGGGUUAUAUUACUACCAACUCUAUUCAAGUCCAUUGGGAUUCACCUAUCUCAGAUCCUCAGCUUUCUGGUUACAUUCUUCAAUAUAGAUCCAGUUCUUUGACGGAAUGGAGUUUUCACCCACUUGGGUCACGACUCACCUCCUUCGUUCUGGAUAAUCUCCUCUGCGGAACGGCUUAUCAGAUACGAUUAGCAGGGGAAAACUCGAUAGGGAUGGGAGAAUUUAGCCAAAUGCUGCGAACAAAAACGACUGGGUCUCCCCCAGAGCAACAUCCCAAGCUGACUGAAGUCAUUGAUGGAAACGGAACCAUGAUUCGAAUUGACUUGAACCGAUGGCCAAAUGGAGGCUGUCGGAUUAAAAAAUUUCACUUGGAAUUUAAAAACAAAAAUAUUGGCGAAUGGAACACUGUUCAAAGGACAAACUUUAGCAGAGUUUUCAUUUUGAAUACCACGAUGGGAACCAAGUAUGACCUUAGAAUUAGUUUAGAGAAUGAAGCUGGGCUUGUGAGCAAAAUUUUCUCUGUGGAAUCUUCUCCUGAAUUCUUCACCAACUAUGAAAAAUUGAUGCAAAAUAAUGGAGAUCAGUCCGUGGUUAGUGGAAGCGCACUUUUAAGCGAUCCCCACAUUAUUGUGCCCAUCAUAUCAGCGUGCAUAUGCACGGUGGCUGUGAUAAUUUGCAUUUUUAUAGUUGUUAAACGCAAAACUGCAAAUGGGAAUGGAUGGAAAAUGGGUAACAGUUCUAGUCAGCAGACGUGGUUAAGCUCAGACGAUUUUAGAAUAGAGAAACCUCUGGAUAAGAGCAAAAUUGAAGAAGCACCAGGAAAUAGCAGUGGGAUGUCCAUCUAUGCCACACUGAACUCACGGCAAUCAAUGCCAAUGACAAUACGUGAUUCGACGGUGCGAUUUCAAACAUUUGGUCAGGUUGAGAAUUAUGACGCGCCGCCACUCCCGCAUCAACCGUGCUUCGGAAGACCACGAGGGAACUUUAGCUCGUCGAUAUCUCACGAAGAAUUGGUGAUGCAAGAAGGGUUCAAUGCACCCGGCCAUAAUGCCCAUGAUUCGUUGAAUUUGCAAGCAAUUCGUAACCUUCGACGAGUCUCAAAUCCAAACGAAUAUUCCGUGGAAGACAUUUGUUCACACGAUUAUGCACAUCCAUACCAAGUCGUUUCUGUUAAUCGAGACCCGACGACAAACCUUGACGUAUACGACGGGAGACACACAUUGAGAAAACAGAAGCAAGGCAAACGAAGCAGGGGCUACCCAAAUCAACAGGAUUGAGAAAGAAAGUCGAAAAGUUGCCUUCUACAUAUUAUUAGAUAUCUUUCGAGUACAUACAUUUAAUCACACAUGUUGAAAUUUGAUACACAAAAAAUUAAAAUAUAAUGCAUUUAUAAAACA